CUACUCCUCGUAGCAUAAAACCAGCAACCGCACCAAACAAACAAGCAAAGCUGCUCAAAACCAAGCGGCAGAAAAAUGUGGAACCCCAAACCCUUCCUCGUCCUCAUCUCACUCUGCAUCUCGGCGUCGUCGUCACCAUGCACGGCAGCCAGUGCCGCCGCCGCCGGCGGCAAGCCCCUUGUCACCGCCGUCACCAAGGACGCGUCCACCUCCCUCUACACGGCGCCGCUCAAGGACGGCCACCCGCUGCUCCUCGACCUCACCAGCCCGGUCAUCUCGCUGACGACGUGCACCUCCAAGAACGGCACGGUGACCACGCUCUCCGCGAACGCCACCGACGGCCAGAACCCGCUGUUCCCGGUCUCCUUCUCCGCCGUGGCCUCCUGCACGCCACAGGCAAAGGUCCCUGCCGGUGCCGUCGGCGUCGCGGGUCUCGCGCCGUCGACGAGCCAGUCGUUCCCGGCGCAGGUGGCGCGCACGCAGAAGGUCGCCAACAAGAUCGCGCUCUGCCUCCCGAGCGACGGCAAGUCGACGACCGGCGACAGCGUCGGCGUGGCCAUCUUCGGCGGAGGUCCCUUGGUCUUCCCUGACCGUGGCGACUUCACCACGAUGCUGGCCGGCACGGCGUCGCUGCAAGGGUUCAACGGCUCCCCUGGGUACUUCGUCUCCGCCACCGGCAUCGCCGUGGAGCAGAGUCGCGUCGGCACCUCCUCGGCCGGCGGCUCCUCGCUGGUCGUGGCGCUGAGCUCCACGACGCCCUACACAUCUCUCCGGCCCGACGUGUACGUGCCCUUCGUGAACGCGUUCGACGCGGCGGCGACCGGGCCAAACUUCCCGUGGAUGUCGAGGGUGGCCGCCGUCGCGCCGUUCGAGCGGUGCUACGACUCGACGAAGCUGCCGCCGACGCGGCUGGGCUACGCCGUGCCGCAGAUCGACGUGAUGCUGCAGGGUGGGCAGAACUACUCGGUGCUCGGCGGCAACUCCAUGGUGCAGGUGAACGGCAACACGGCCUGCCUCGGGUUCGUCAAGGCGGCGGCCGGACAAGCGCCGGCGGCGGUCAUCGGUGGGUUCCAGCUCGAGAACCAUCUGCUGGUGCUGGAUGUGGAGAAGAAGCAGCUCGGAUUCACCACGUUCCUCAAUGCCGUCGGGCUUUCGUGCAGCAACUUCAAUUUCACUCUUGCUGGCUAGUGUUGAAGCAGCAAGGUGCUGAGUUGUACUCGUAUAGUGUAAUAAGAACUUGUGCUGCAGUGUAUUACCACUAGAAUAAAAAUAAAUGAAUGAAAUGGGAAUUAAUAAAUUGAUUGGAGUGUUCCA